GUGGGCGUGGCGGAGGGUGCUGACUACGGCCACGGGGUCAGACCGAGGCUAGGAUACGGCCAGAAGACCACCUCGUAUGCCCCGGCGUAUGGCGAGGCAGGGAGCGGUGAGGAGAAGGCUGGGGGAAGGAGAAGGCGGUGGGUCUCAUGGUGCGGGAUGUAGAGAGGAAUGACUCGGCUGUGUACCGCUGCCGUGUUGACUUUCUCCUCACACCGACCAGGAACACCAGAGUGAACCUGACUGUUGUAGUGCCCCCAGUGAGGCUGAGCGUGGAGUGGUGGAUGGGGGAGAGCGGCGAUAAGGAGAGGGAUGGAGUGGUGGGUCUCUUUCACGAGGGACAGGCGCCCACGCUCAUCUGUGAGACUCGUAAUGCAUGGCCGCCUCCUAGAGUGGUGUGGUUUGAGGAGGAUGCCAUGGCCGACGACUCCUACGCAACAGAUCCCGUGGAGGACGCCGUGGAGAACACCCUCACUCUGCCGCCGCUAACUCGCGACCACCACAACCGGAGAUUCACCUGUAUCGCCGUCAACUCCAACCUGACGCGACCCAUUGCCACCACUGUCCACCUCCGCAUGGCCCUGGACGUGCUGGUGGUGGAGAUGGAGGACGUGCCUGUGCUCUCCGCCGGGACACCUGCCGAAGUGAAGUGCACCGUGUGGGGUUCGAACCCUGAGCCUCACAUCACCUGGAUGCUCAACGAGAUCAUCCUGCCCUCCGCCAAGCCCUGGGUGUCUGAUGACGGCAACCGUAGCGUGUCCAUGGUGAGCUUCACGCCAGAGCCGGGCCACGACGGGGCGCCCCUGCAGUGCUCCGCAUACAACGAGAUGCUGAUGCGAGCGUCACAUCGCCACCCGCCCGGGGGCCACCGCAGCUCCGCCCUCCUCGUCGUCAAUUUAACCGAAAAAAUACUGACGCCGAGCACAAGUACAUCCUCGGUGAUUACUAAGGGCGGGUGGGCCACUCAGCGCCGUGACCGGCUUCACCCUGUCGCACCACACCCUCACCACGUCUCUUCCAUGGCGGUGCUGGGAAUCUCCUCUGUCGCCUCAAAUGGAGCUUCAAAUGACCGCUUUCCCGCCCGCUCAGCAGUCUUCCACGGGUCCGCAAGAAUUCUUUAUCGCUGGAAAGUUUGGGCCGCGCCGAGUACCGCCUUAGAGUGUGAUGGUGAGGACAAAACUGGGGGUUACGUUGUCAUCAGUGCAAUGCUGCCGCUGUCCCGCCUCACGCUGGCCAGUGAACACCGCUGCCCCUCAUGGCCCCCCACCACCCACUGUGCCCCUCCUCACACUGACCUGAAGCAGAGAAAGGUUAUUCGUGAACAGGGAGGUGGCUUACUUAACACCUGGAUAGAUAGAGGUGUGCCUUCCCCCAGCCCAGGCUUCGUUUACACCUGGUCGCUCAUCACAAAGGUAAUCUCAUUCUCCAGAUAUUCAUCCUCCCGUGGCCCCUCCGACGCGCCUCGCCUCACUGUCUCCCUCGGCCGCACGUUAGAGGCAGACAACAUCAAGAAGGACGAUCUCUAUUUUGAGUGCUCAGCCAUCGCCAAACCGCCUCCCCAUAAGGUUACCUGGAGCCAUAACGGCAACCAGCUGGAGUCCACGGCCGGCAUUCUGGUGUCCAACAUGACUCUGGUGCUGCAAAAAGUCGCGAGAUCCAACGCGGGCACAUACACCUGUCACGCCACCAACAGCGAGGGCACCGCCGCCUCCCCGCCCCUCAAACUGGACGUGAAAUACGCCCCAGUUUGCGCCACCAACAAGCCCUCCCAGCACAGUGUGGCGAAGCAUGAGAACGCGAGAAUCACCUGCAACGUGCUAGCCAACCCUCCCGUGGUGCACUUCAGCUGGGCCUUCAACAACACUGCGGAGGCUGUCAACGUGCCCGAAGACAGGUACGUGGUGCAGGGGACAGAGUCGGUGGUGAACUACACGCCCGUCACGGAGCUGGACUACGGCACGCUGCUCUGCUGGGCCACCAACGACAUCGGCCAGCAGGUCCACCCGUGUGUCUUCCAGAUCGUGGCUGCAGGGAAGCCGGAUCCGCCACACAACUGCCGCGCAUACGACGUGACAAUCAGCUCCCUGCAAGUGUCCUGCUUGCCUGGGGACGACGGCGGCCUUGGUCAGAAAUUUAUAUUACAGGUGGUGGAGGCUAAUGGAGACUUCAAGCCGGUGGUGGAGGUGACGAGAGAGGCUGCGUCCUUCUCCGUGGCUAACCUGCGUCCUGCCACCGCCUACCGCCUCCUCAUCACGGCCACUAACGCUAAGGGAGAGUCGCGCCCCGCCGAACUCAGCGCCUACACCGUGGCUCUCAAUCACCCCCAGCACGAGACUCCUGCAGAACCAACGAGAGGGCGUGAGAGUGGCGCGGAGGUAGCCGUGGGCGUGUUGGUGGGCGCCGUGCUGGCCUGUCUGCCCGUGGCCAUCGCUGUGGUGGUGAUGGGCGUGAGGACGUGCAUGAGGCUACGAGCGGCAAGGAGUGGGCGUGCAGAGGAGAGCGAAAAGGACAGUACUGAGGUGGAGAGCGGAGGGGGAACAGUACGCCCGCUGCUUCCAGGCCAAGGCACGCCGGGUUCCGGAGGAGGUGUGUCCGGUGAGAGUGGAUCGGACAUCACCACGAUCACCGGAGGCGUGGCGCUCUCUUCCACCACACUGCCUCCCACGCCCUCCUCUGUCCACUCCGAGGCGCAGGUCACUCAGGUGGCGGCGACGGACACUUCCAGCAUGCUGUAUCCUGGAGGCCGGAUCUACAGCCCGAACCGCGCCCAGCAGAUGGCGGCGCCCCCCGUUAUGGCCCAGUCCACUACCAACCUCAGGCGCGCUCCGUACACUUCGCACGAGGACAAGUUUGAUGGCGAGAACGAGCUGCUAGAGAUCACUCUGCCUCCCCCCGCGGCCUACGACCAGGGCUACCAGUCAUCCUACCAGGGGUGCCAGCCCCUUGAGCAGUGCUACCAGCCGCAGGAGCAGGUGCCCUCCAGGAUGAAACCGGGCUACCCUCAGGUGUUCCAGGAAUACCAGACAGUGCUGCCCGCGGCGGCGUACCCCCCGGGCGUGGCCGUCAAGGGCGUCCACCCUAAUCUGCAGUACAUAUCGUCAGUGCCGCUCAGUCAAGGGUAUGGUCCCGCCCCGGUGCCCACCUCCCAGGCCGGCCCUGCCCCCUCCUUCGCCACGCUGCCACAUAGUAAGGUCACCACCUCCUCGUCGUUCAGUGUCCUGCCGCCUGCCAAGGAGGCGGGGCAGGAUGGCAGGGUCGAGGACAGCAAAAUGUCCACUGUAUACAACCCGCUGACGCUGUUCCCGAGUCCCACCUACGCCCAAAAGACCGUGGCGCCGAACACCGACCGCGCCCUCCAUACAGGUUCGCUCAAGAGGGGAGUCAAGCCGCCGGCACAGGACAUCCUCAGGAUACGUGACAGCACGCGGAGCCGCAGCGCAAGCCUAUCCUCGGUGACCUCCAACAAGCGGGAGAGCUCAGUCUAACGGCGGCCGCUGCGGCACCGGCCCCGCGGGGCAACUUCGCUCACGGGGACCUGGGACAUGCUGGGUUCGUAUAGAACAAAAUUUAUAUACAGUCUUUCAGACAUAAUCGUUUUAACUUAGUGUUGUCAAGUGACCUAGGUAGCGUGUAGCGGCCCGGCGCGGGCGGCGGCGGCGGAGGAAGCGGCCGGGCGGCGUCGUGUUUUCCUACAUAACGUUCGGUGUUUUUAUUACGUCACGAGGAAGGUGACUCCGCCUUUGCUUGGGAAGCAACUCAACGCAAUUACAUUGACGCAGGCGGGAGGCAGGACAAGAGAGUCACGGCCUUCCCACCAAGCACGUUACCGUACCUUCAGGUGUGUUCGGACGUACGUGGAGUCUUCUGUUAUAAGGUCGCAAACUCCCACCGGCAGUUUAAAACUAUUGUGCUCAUCACCUGACGUGAAAAUGCGUUCUAAAAGAAGCAUGUAGUGUAGGUCAUAGCAGGCAGCGCUGGGCGGCACUGAGUCCCAGUGAAUGGCAAUGUUAGAGUGGGAGAGUAACAACAAACAGGCGGCCAAGGUGAUAGAGGCAGCAGGAAGAGCAGCAACCUGUGUCUGCCAUCCUGCUGCGACAGAAAUAAAAAAAAAUAAAAAUAAAAAAAAAAAAAAAACAGCAGGCCCCAAACCCGGCAGGUUCCCAGACAGCCGCCACAACACCGCCCACAACUCAAGGGUGCGUGAAAUAACCUGGGUAAUUUUUAGGAGCCAAAAUUUGGUGCACCGCCGCAACACAAACUGAAUAUUCUCCUAACAACAAAAAUAUUUUGCACUAAGUGGAAAGCUAGAGGCAGUAAAGACGCCUAUUGUGGGAGAGCUAAAGGAAUUGUUCAUCAAAGAGACUGGAAGAGGCGGCUGCCACAGGGCCACGCCUGGCGGGCUCCCGCCCCACCCUGGCCCGGCCCUGGAGUGGUGGGAGGCUCGGCACCAGCGCCAUGCCGUAACAUUGACAACGAUGACACUGCUCGAAAAGUUGACCGCAAAAGUAUCACACCAAAACUGUUUCACCAAAAAUAUGAAAUGAUUUCGUCUGUAAAACGUGUUCGGUUUAUCAAUUCAGAGCUCAGAAAACACGUAUGCUGUUUAUCCGGAAUUUAAGAAAUCCUUGGCAAAAAUUAGACACAAACACGGCAGAGAUUGCUCUUAAGAAAAUUGCAAACUCAGGCGGUGUAGAAAUAUUUGCAUUAGUUCCUUUCCCUCCCCGAGAGUUUCCUUGGUUCAGGUUAUCACCCCUAAGCCCCCUCCCCUCCUUCCCCAUUCCCCCUCACCACACCACACCCGGCAGUCGGCCAGAGCGGCAGGGUGUGCAUCGCUGCAGCCUCCAUCGGGCCGCCGCCAGCACCCGUGACCAGCUGGCGAGCUUCGAGGCGUUCCGGGGAGAGGCGGGAGUAGUAAGUGUGUCACGUUGCAGAGAGGGCAAGCGGCGAGGAGUCCCGGGUUUGUACGUACAUGCUCCUUUCUUUCCCCGUUAGCCAGUGUGCAUGCGACGAAGCAUUUUAGAACGUGUACAUACGAGUGUUUUAUAUACAAAUUAUAUGUUGGAUGACACGACCACUUUAUUACACCUACAUAAGGAUGUGUAUUGUUAUGAUACUGUGUAUGUCCUCCCCCCACGUGUGUGUGUGUGUGUGUGUGUGUGUGUGUGUGUGUGUGUGUGUGUGUGUGUGUGUGUGUGUGUGUGUGUGUGUGUGUGUGUGUGUGUGUGUGUGUGUGUGUGUGUGUGUGUGUGUGUGU